AUGGCAUCUUUGAAAGAAUUCGACGCGAGCGAAGUCGCAACUCACAACACGAAAAAUGAUCUAUUUGUCAUCAUCCAUGGAAAAGUGUACGACGUCACCGAUUAUGUGCGAGAUCAUCCCGGUGGUGCAGAUGUGUUGGUAGAAGUCGCCGGUACAGACGCAACAGCUGCAUAUGAAGAUGUCGGUCACUCAGAGGAUGCAAAUGAGAUUCUGGAGACAUACCUAGUUGGUACUGUUAAGGAUGCACAUGAGUUUGUUCAGCGCAAGGUGGUUCGUGUAAUCAAGCCAACCUCCGAUAAAGGGGCGCCCAAGAAGUCAUCAGGGGUCCUCAAAGCUGCGACCACAGUUACUGCCACACUUGCCGCUACUGCGCUGGUUUAUGCCUCUUCCAAAAAUCACCGAGCCUUGACCGACUUCUUUGCAAAGCACAAGCCAUCCUCUCUACAAAUCCCUGAGGUUGGAGUCCCAUUUACAAGCCUUCUCCGAGGUGGAUUUUUGAGUGGAGUCACUGCUGCCACACUGGUUUGCACUACGAUUGGCGGUGUUGUUGCAAUGAGACUCUCCAAGUUCACUGAAGUCGAGUCUGGUUUCACAAAGUACCGUCCGUACAAGAAGGCCUCGACCAUGAAGAAGCAGGACCCACAUCUUGUGAAGGGCUUCCUUGAGCCCAAGAGCUACAAAAAGCUCCCCCUCGUUCAGAAGGAUCAAUUAUCGCCCAAUGUUUACCGCUUCGUCUUUCAGCUGCCCAAUAAGCAGGAUGUGAUUGGACUCCCGAUCGGCCAGCAUGUUGCUAUCAAAGCUAUGAUCAACGGUGCUUCGGUGUCGAGAUCAUAUACCCCGACAUCCAAUAACCUGGAUCUUGGAAGACUGGAACUCGUUAUCAAAUGCUACCCAGAUGGUCUUCUCACUGGACAAUAUCUUGAGUCUUUGCAAAUUGGCGACAAAGUUGAAUUCCGCGGCCCGAAGGGCGCGAUGAAAUAUCACAAUGGCCUUUGCAAGAAAAUUGGCAUGAUCGCUGGUGGAACCGGAAUCACCCCAAUGUACCAACUCAUCCGGGCGAUUUGCGAGGAUGAUCGGGAUACAACUGAGAUUAGUCUGAUCUACGCCAACCGAAGCGAAGAAGAUAUCCUUCUUCGUCGGGAAUUGGAGAGUUUUGCACGAGGAUAUCCCAAAAACUUCAAGCUCUGGUACAUGCUCGACCAUCCUCCUGACAACUGGGCGUAUGGCAAGGGAUACGUUACAGGGGACGUCAUGGCUGCAAGAUUGCCUGGCCCAGCACCUGAUACCAAGAUCAUGCUUUGUGGACCACCAGGUAUGGUGAAUGCUUCAAAGAAAAGCUUGGUGGCUGCGGGAUUCACAGCUCCUGGGGCUGUUGGAAAGAUGACCGACCAGAUCUUCUGCUUCUAG